AUGAAUCGCGCCAUUUUGGGCUUGGGCCGUCAAUUUGUUGCCGUCCAAAAGCGUGCUCUCCACAAGGGAGUCGACUCGACGCCACCAUUGCGAUUCAUGCCAAUCCCGGAGAGAAUCGGCCUCUAUUUUUUCAUCGCGGUUGCGUUCCUCUCUUAUCCAACUUCGGUGCUUCUUCGCUUAGACUCGCUUCGUCCACGGGCUGACAACCUUCUUUCUCCUGAAGUGCAAGCCCAGAUUGAUGAGAUUCGUGCCGCACGCCGUAAA